GCACAACUGCAAACCAGCACAAAGACCUCGACAUGGACAGUGCCGUGGCGAAACUGUUGCAAAACAGUGCUGGUGGAAAACCGGACCUUCAAACUCUGCAGACGCUGUUGAUGGUGAGGAUGCUGACCGAUGCAUCCGAAGCCAAGAGAAGCGAUCGCCGCAGUCACCGCCCACUCCAGAAGGACUCCGACUCAGACGACGAGAGCUCUUCACACGAAGACAAGAAGCUACGAGGAGCCGCGCGUGCUUUCAACCGCUACCGCAAGAGCAAAGACGCCAUGUGGCGCAAGCCAAUGAAGCACGUUCGGAUCUACAUCAAUGAAAUAGAGACAGAACUCGGUGUGGAAGGAGGAGACUUGCCCUACAACCUUUGGGACUACACGAAGAAGAUCCCAUUUGGCAAGCAGAAGGGCUUGUUUCGUUGCCAUUUCCUAAUAGUGUCACACAUCCUCAAGCAUCUGCUGGACGACGACGUGUUGUGGACUGCUUGCAGAUGGGUACACGUCUCGGGUGGGGCCAUGGUACCGUUAUCGGAGCUAUGUGCUCGACUCGAGCUGCCGUCCGAGUUAGCUUCCGUGAUGGAGCUUAAAGGUUGGACGGUGGGCAGGCUAGCUAUGUUAGAAGAUGCAGAGGUCACCACGAUCCCCAUCCUGCAGUCAAUCAUCGAGGGAGAUGAGAGAUUUGUUGGAGUUGAUGCAGCAGAUCUACGGAAACUUGUGGGCUGUUGCGGGUUGUUUACUAGCUUGGCUCGGAAAUCGGAAUCACACGACACAGGGACGGUCGCUGAAGCUUUCGUACGUAAUGUACGCGCCAAGACGGCCGUUUCGGCCGAAGCUCUAGAGAAGGAGGCACAUCACAAGGUCUUAUCGUUGAGGGGCACGGCUCCUGUGUACAGAUGGCCUACCAGACGGGCUCGGUUGUUGGCACGUGCUGGUGACGACGGCAAGCUGAGGGAGAGAGCUGAAGAGGCAGAGAGAGUUAGAUGGAUCAGAUCUUUGGCUGUGCUGCUAUACGUAGGGCGAACUCCCAUCAGCCUUGACUUCGGCAAUGCUAUGGGGCUCGGGGAAAGUAGACGGGUAGGCAAAGGACGGAGGCCCUCCACGCUCAGGAAGCACGUGAAAACUUGGGAGAAAUUCGUUCUCUGGUUGCAGGGUGCUUACAACAUUGAGUGGCCCGAAGCUCCUUGCCAUUUCAUCGACUAUUUAGAGGAGCGUGCAUCGGAACCAUGCGGCAAGAGCAUCCCGCUCAGCUUGCUGAAAACGUUGAUGUUCAUGGAAAGCUCUGCCGAGGUGCCGAAGAUGGCACAGAUUUCUAAUCAUCCAGCGGUCUCCAACUCCAUGCAGGAAAUCACGCGUUUCCUCGAAACAGCGUCCCCUUCAGAAAUUAGGAAAGCCAACAUGUUCCCGGUCAAAGUCGUGAUGGCGUUCGAAAGGGCCGUCACGGACAACUCGGAGCGCAAGUUCGUCAGGGCAAUGGCGUGGUACAAGUUGGUGAAGGUCUGGGGGGCCUUAAGGCAUUCAGAUGCUCAGGGCGUGGACUAUGGAACCAUGAAGCUUUCGUCGCGCGGGUUGGAGGCGGUCCUCGUGCGGACCAAAACUACAGGUCCAGGGAAAUCCGUCAAGAGGGUGAAGUUCUACAUCUCCAAGGACGCUUGGAUUGGGAUCCCUGGGUGGCUGGGGGUAGGUUGGGAGAUCUGGGAUGAACUAUCCCGAGAAGCUUCUCUUACCGAGAGAGAUUUCCUCUUGCCAGUCCCAGGGUCUUCAUUGGAAUCCUUGACGAGAAAGGUCGCUUCGCAUGCGGAUGCCGCCGCACUCUCGAAGGCAUUGCUUUCGAACUUGAAAUCCGGAGAGGGUCCCGGGCACCUACUGUUGCCGGGGAUGGCCGCAAUGUGGACUGAACAUUCGGAGAGGGCCACAUUAAGAUCAUGGGCAGGUGCAGCAGCCAUAUCACCGGGAUCAAUGAAACGCCUGGGUCGAUGGAAACAGGAUGUUGAUGAAGGAUAUGAUCGAACAGAUCGGGCGGAGGUGGAGAAAUCCCAGGCCAAAAUCGCAUCGUUCAUUCGUUCGUCGAGGGGUAAGGUCGAUCAAGUCGACGAGGAAGGGCUGUUGGCUAAGAUCGCGUCGAGGGCGAGCGAGCAAGGAUUUGAACCGACGGUGGCAAGCGAACAGCUUAUGCUUUUGAGUUACUUCGGGCCGGACACCGACCCAGUGACGGAAGACACGGAGCACUUCGAAUCAGCAUCGGACUCGGAAGCUUUCGUCGAAGUCAGGUCCGACACUGAAGCCCUGGAAGAUGACCCAAAGCCGGAUGCUCCAUCAACCGUGGCGAAUGAAGUUCGAGGCAAGUUCUUCGUUAGCAUUGUCGGUCGGUCUAGGCAGAAGACACUUCACAGAUCCGGGGAGUGCUAUCGCGUGCCGGGAAUCCACUACAAGGAGUUUCUCGAUCUCGGCGAUCAGUGGCCCGAUAAGACUGCGUACCACAAAGCUUGCAAGGUUUGCUUCCCCAAGCAAGUCGGCCCCAGCGGAAGCGACGACAAGGAAUCUUCCUCCUCGGAAGACGAGGUGAGCUCCUCCGACUCGGGCCCAGAGCUUCAGCACAUGCAGUCAGUCAGGAAAGGGAUUCUGGACAUCGAGCGUCAACCGACCUACAUGGCGAGACCCGACAUAAACACGGAAGCAGGGCAAAAGAUCUUGGCGGCACAGUUGGAUGCAGAUUUUUCAGGCCUAGCUCAGACCAAGGGCAUCCCACUCAAGAGACAAGCUGAGCUGGCACAACUAUCGAUUCUGGCCAUCUCCCGCUACUCAGCUGUUGCUGACGAUCGCCCAGGGCUCAGGACAUUUUGCAAAGACGUCCUUCAUCUAGAUCCCACCACAGAUGCAGCUCAUUUGGUGGAAGUCGCUGCGUUGCUGGACCUGUGGGAAUCCUGCAAGACUAGGGCCGAAGCUCAACACAAGGCAGAUGCCGAAGCAGUGCUGAGCAAAUUGCCUAGGGCGGCAAAUAAGUCGGAACUGCAGGAUAUCAAAUCCCGCUUUGAGGCUUUGCAUUAUGCGCUCGACGACAAGGCCACUCCUGCAUCCGCUACGCUCGAACUUCAUUUCGAUCAAGUAGAGCAGGGUGAGUUGCGACCUACCACACUCAGCCAAAAUGUCAGUCGCGAGCACGUAGAAGCAGAGCAUUAUGGAGCCGUCAUUGACAAGUCCACAGGUGCCAUCAAGAUUAAGAAGAACCUCAUUGAGGGCAAGAAACCUUCUUCUCCAGAGGAGUUCCGGGCAUCCAUCAAGUUGGUAGCGCACACAUGGGUCAUGUGCUUCAUCAGAUACCCACAGAAACCCUUCUUGAAGGAUGCCUCCGUCUCCCAGUGGCUUCGCUGCGCCGAUUACAUUCUCGGCGAGCACGUUCAUCAGCUCACCGCCAAGGACGGUCAAGGACAUGUCAACGGUCAAGGACAUGACAUGUCUACGCCACCAUGGGAGCUAGUCUUGGCCUACGACUACCAAAUUCGCCGAGGCAUGGUCCGACUGAUCAACGAAGGCCUCUCUAUCGCCACAGCCUUGGAUCAUGCCAUGAAGGACGCAGUCAUCAAAGAGCGUUACUUUGCCACGCCAUGCGCACUCACUUCUGUGAUGUCAGUUCCCCAUCGUUCUAGGUCACCUUUCAAUCGUGGCAUUCGCACUGACGGCAGCUUCGGUGACCAGGCGCGCACCUUCAAGGGCAAGGGCAACCAGAAAGGCAAGAGUAAGAAAGGCAAGAACAAAGGUCUCGUCUACCAUUCCAAAACUCCUGAUGGACGUGAGCUUUGCUACGCAUGGAACAAUGCCAACUCCAGAUGCCGCUUUUCAAUUGUGGUAGAGUACAUGCUUGUCAAAUCUGCUUUGGCAAUCAUCCCACACACGCUUGCCCGAAACAUAAGGUUGCUGCUACAUCUUUGGGGCCCGCUGUUUCAGCGGAGCAGCGCGCUCAGAAGUGGCUGCGACUUGUCUAUUGAAGUAGUUCAAGAGCGAAUUUUGCGCCAGAUCGACAGCAAGAUGUUCCAAGUCAUAUUAUGCACUCCUCCGUGUUCCACUUUCUCCAGAGUCCGCUGUGCCAACAAGCGAGGCCCACCACCAGUUCGGGACGCGAACCAUCCUGCCGGAUACCCAUGGUUGAAGGACUCCCGAGCGCACGAAGCAUGGCUCGGUACAAUGCUCGUGGAAUUUUCCAUCAAAGUCUUUCAAACCGCCUCGCAGGUCUCGGAACAGAGUCCCGACCAUCCGAUCUUCCUUCUAUGGGAGCAUCCCGCAGAUUUAGGCAUGUGUGUGCGUGAAGGGGACAGCAUGCACAUUCAACCGGCUAGUGUUUGGCAGUUGGACGCCGUGCGGGACCUGGUGAAUCACGGUCGGCCGCCCAUCUUCACAGUACUUCACAGUGGUGUUCACUCAAUGUCUUGGGGUCCGGCCGAUUGGCCCUUGCUGGAUGACGAUGGACUCAGGGUUUCGAACUUCAGCCCCUGCAACAUGGACAAAGCGAUUGCCUUAGCCAUCCAGAACGCACUCAAGUCAGCCACGGCUCGCACGUCUAUUGAGGAGGUGGCGACCUCUGUGGCCAGCGCCCAAGUUGGCGACGGAGUCAAGCAGACAUGGGGGCAUGGCCCACAGAUCAUGGCGUGGUACAAAGGAGAAGGGCUGCGGGAUGUAGUUCACGAACAGUUCAAGCUUUGGUGCGAAGCAGUGCGAGAAUCGGGGAAGGAGGGCUUGGAGCCUGGGCGAAGGCCUGAGGACUUGGAGUCUGAGAUUGCCUUUCACCGAAUCGCAGCUGCUGCAGAGGCCCUCGGAGAUGUGGACUUCCAGUAUCUCCGCGAGGUGGCUGAGGUCGGGGUGCCCAUCGGAGUGGGCGUGGAAUUGCCGCGCGUCCCCGAUGUAUUCGAGCCAAAGGUCAAAUGGAACCUCAGCGAAGCUGAGGGUGAGUUCGUGGACACGAAGGCAGACAAUUAUUCGUCUGCAGUGGAGUCUAUGGCAAAGGUUAGGGAGCAGGUUGAAGAGGACGUUCGCAAAGGAUUCAUAAAGCAUAUGUCUCGUUCGGAGGCGGAGCUCGAGUACCAAGGCAGACUGGCCGUGGCAGCGCUUGGUGCUGUGCCGAAGGCCCUAGACUCUGACGAAGUUAGGGUGGUGCACGAUGGCAGCCAUUCUGUUGACGUCAACCACAGGAUCAGAGUUCUCGACCGCAUACGUAAUCCUCUAGUGGAUGAUGCUGAGGCGAUUAUCAGGCAGGUGAAGGAGGAGGGCUCGGCGAGUCCCGGAAUCAGGUUCAGUGUGGCAUACGACGUGGCUCACGCUCAUCGCCUCAUGCCGGUCCGAAGAGACGACUGGGGCUAUCAGGCAUUUUGCUUGGACAACCCGAGCGAAGUGUUCCUGCAUAAGAGAGGCACGUUCGGCGUCUCAUCUGCUGCUUACUGGUGGCAGCGGCUCGCAGCGGCUCGCAGUCUGCUGUGGGCCGUUUACCAUUUGCUCUACGCGGACGACGGUUGGUUGGUGUCUCAGGGCUCCGACUUCGGUUACAAGUGUUUGUUCUGGCUGUUUUUGCUCGAGAUUUUCGAGGUGCCGGUGGCGUGGAAGAAAGUCCGGGGUGGAGUACGUUUGCAAUGGAUCGGCUACGAGCUCAGCUUGGACUCCUACCAAGUUGGGAUCAGCGAGAGGAAAAGAGAGUGGAUCCUGAGAUGGGUGGACACCGCACUCGCGAGGGGCGGAAUCACGGUCGGGACCUGA